CAAGAUAAAGUGCUUGAGAGUUAAUAGCAGCAAUUAACUAUGGAGUCUGUGAAAGAAAAAGGUGAAGACAGAAUUCAAUUAGAGAAAGUUCUACACAUGAAUGCUGGAGAUGGAAAUAAUAGCUAUGCUAAUAACUCUUUACUUCAGAAGAAGGUAAUGCUAAAAGCAAAGCCAAUUCUACAAGAAAGCAUCACAAAGUUAUGCACCAAGAACUCCCCAGAUUGCAUAAAAAUGGCAGACAUGGGCUGCUCUUCAGGACCGAACACUUUCGUUCCGAUCUGGGAGAUCAUAGACGCCAUAGACGACACAUGUAACCGACUCAAAAGAAAACCUCCCGUUCUGCAAGUAUUCUUGAACGAUCUUCCGACGAAUGAUUUCAACUUGAUUUCCAUGUCUUUGCCAAGUUUUUAUAAGAAACUUGAGGAAGAGAAAGGUGGCGAGUUCGGGGCUUGCUUCAUAGCUGCUGUCCCUGGAAAUUUCUAUGGAAGACUAUUUCCACCAAAGUCCCUACAUUUUGUUCAUUCUUCUUACAGCCUCCAUUGGUUCUCCCAGGUGCCAAAAAUUCCAUUAAACAAGGGCCACAUUUACUUGGCGAAGACGAGUCCGGCUAAUGUGCACAAAGCAUAUUUAGGUCAAUUUGAGAGAGACUUGGAAACAUUUUUAAGAUGUCGUUCGGAAGAAAUGGUACACGAAGGUCGAAUGGUUUUGACCUUUUAUGGAAGAGAUGACAUGAAUAUGUAUAAAUCAAAUACAUAUAAGCCAAAUAUUUGGGAAUUAUUUGGGACCUUGCUCAAUGAUAUGGUCUUAGAGGGACUAAUCGAAGAAACAAAGUUAGACACAUUCAACAUACCAUUCUAUGGUGCUUCAGCUCAAGAAGUAAAAAAUGUGAUAGAAUCAGAAGGAUCAUUUACCAUCAAUCGAUUUGAAUCAUUCCAAAUAGGUUGGGAUGCAGGCAUUGACGAUCGUUACAAAAACUCUAUCGACAAGUAUACGAAAGGCGCGUACAUAGCUGAUCGAAUUAGAGCCGUUUCGGAAUCCAUUCUUUCAAAUCAUUUCGGAGACAAACUCAUUGAUAUUAUGUUCCAGAGAUUUUCUGUGAGGAUUGGAGAGUACAUGGAAAUGGAGAAUGGUGCUUAUACCAAUCAUGUUGUUUCCAUGACUUGUAACAAAUGAAAAAAAAAACAUGAUGCAGGAUGUGGAUUUUAAAUUUAUAGAAAAAUUGGAUCGAAAUUAUGGAUAGUACAUAUUCAUAAUUCUGUCCAAAUUUAAAGUGUGCGAAUUAGUCUAUUUAUUGGCCUAAUUUGAUGGAAAAUAGACCAAUAAUUGCUACACAUGAGCUUUGCUCAUGAUAUCUUUUGUUUUUGAACCAAAUUUAAUUGAUUUUGUAUUU